AUGCCAGUACAAAAAACAAAGCCGCUACUUCGUUCUGAACGCGAUUUGUGCUACAAUUUCCGGGAUCUGUAUUUUUCAUGCCUCGAGAAGGCUGGUAUUGAAGAUCCAACCAAAGUGGAAGAAGAAAACGAACUAAGGAAAAAAGCUGAAACGUUUGGAUGUUUAAAGAAGAAUGAUCAGUACAAGAGAGCUUGUCCUUCCUCUUGGGUGAAAUAUUUUAAUAAAAAAGUCAUCAUGGAGAAACGACGGCAAGCAAUAUUAGAUCAAAUAAACGCAGGAAAACAGGCUGCUUAA